AUGGAUGAGAUGACGAUGGUGUUCAUUAGCACCUUCACCAAUGCCUGCGGCACCGCCAAAAUGGUCUUUUUCAUGCCCAAUCGGCGACAUUACUAUGCGCUGGCUCGACAUGUGGAGAAGCUGGUGUCCAUGCAAAGUGAAUUCUGUUCGGCAGACCCUGUCUUGGCUGACAUUUGGAAGGGCUCGCAAAGGCGUGCCUGCCGCCUCACCUUAGGAUUGCUGUUCUUAAAGUUCUCGCAGUACCCUGUGUGGUACCCCAUGCCGAUCAUUGCGCAACCAGAAGACCGGCGGCUGCCAUUCGCUCAACACGGGUGGGACAACAAUACCAACUACUACGAGCUAUCGUACGUCGUACAGUGCGCGCUAGCGACGUUCGCAACCCAGAUCAGCAACGGCGUGGACUUACUCUUCGCUACCGUCAUGAUCCUGACGGCUGCGCAGAUGCAGAUUCUUACACUGCGCAUUGCCAGUCUGAAACUGGAAUACACUGAAGUGAAACUAGAAAAAGGGCCCAGUGUCAUGGCCUAUCAGACGGAGAAUACUUGCGAUGAUAAAAUGUACGAAAAAUUGUGUCAGUGCAUUGGAAAUCACCAGAAAAUCCUCAGGUACGUUAGAUAA